CGGCGUUGGUGCACGCGGGGAAGCGUGGUGAGGUUGCGAGCGUGAGGACGAGGCCGACGACACCCGUCCUGGCGAACGACGGAGGGGGUGGCUUCUGGCUGGCGACGGUGGCCGCGGGGCCGGGUGCCGGGCUGCCCCCGCACGGGACCCACCACCCGGCCAUGGACCCGACCUGCGGCACCGCCGAGACGGGCUUCAUCAACAGCCAACCCUCCAUGGCCGAGUUCAUGACCGCGUUGCCCCAGCUCGCGGCGGGCGACGCCGCCGGCCUCCAACACUCCCCCGGGGCCGGGGGCUCCAUCAGCCCCGGCUCCCACCACCCCGGCUACCACGCCAUGAUCGACCCCCACGGCGUCGCGGACCCCUCCGUCAACGUGCCCGAAUACCCGUGGAUGAAGGAGAAGAAGACCACCAGGAAGAGCAAUCAGCAAGAAAACGGACUGCCAAGGAGAUUACGGACGGCCUACACGAACACGCAGUUGCUCGAGUUGGAAAAAGAAUUCCACUUCAACAAGUACCUGUGCAGACCGCGAAGAAUCGAGAUCGCGGCAUCCCUCGAUCUCACCGAAAGGCAGGUGAAAGUAUGGUUUCAAAACCGUAGGAUGAAGCACAAGCGUCAAACGUUGAGCAAGGAGGACGGGGACGAGAAGGACGGUUCGACGUCCGACGGGAUGGAGAAGUCCAAGGGGGAGAAAUCGUUGUUGGCGAUGGACGGCAGCGAGGAGAAGAAGAGCUGCCACAACUGUGAUAUCUCGAGCGUGAGCGACGUGGUGGUGGGAAGCACCCUGUCGGGCGACGUUGCCGAGCUCACCUCCUCCUCCUCCUCGUCCAAUCGUCGAGGCGGCGGCAACAACAACAACAACAACAACAACAACAACACGCCCACGGCGACCAACAACAACAAUCCAGCCUUCAACGCCAACAGCAACGGAGCAAGCAGCGUGGGAAGCACCAACAGCGUGUCCAGCUCGUUCGAGAAGAUGAUAGCUGACGACGACUCGAGGUCGUCCCAGGACGGGAGCGAGGUCACCUCCCCGACCAGCGUGGCCAAGAAAUUGGCCUGCAGCGAGGGGGGGGUCAGGGUGAAGGUGGAGAGCGGGGGGCACAAGAGCCCUGUCCCCGGUAAACAGCAGCAUCAUCAACAGCAGCAUCAUCAGCAACAGCAACAACAACAACAACACUCGAUCUCGGUCGGCAAGAAGUCGCCCUCCGCCAUCACCACCACCUCCUCCUCCUCCUCCUCCUCCUCCUCCUCGUCCAAGGAGCAACUCUGCAACACGGUGAACAGCAACGGCGUCCUCCUCGCGAUGCCCGACUCCACCGUGAGCACGCCCCUCCUCCCCGGCCAGAACUCGGCCAGAAGCCUGACCCCCUCCUCCACCCCGGGCACCCCGGUCCAACUGCAGCAAGGAAGCCCCCUAGGCGCCAUCCAGGCAACCCACCCCUACAUGCAACGCCCAAGGAGCUCCCCUUCCUCCUCCACAGGCGGCCCACCAGCCCCCGUCACCCUCGUGCCCAUGGCCGGUAUGCACGGGUCGACCAACGCCGGCACCAUGUCCCCCCACCAUGCGGCCAGGAGCAACAGCAACGCCAACACCAGCAACAACGCUAUGAGCGGCAACACUCAUCACUCCACGUUCCAGCAGCAACACCAUCAGAGCGUGGUGUAUCCCCAAUCGGGCAACGCUGCGUCCGACUACGCUAGGUCCAACGGGGUGGUGGGGAGCCGGCAACAGGGCAACUAUUGCCCUGCGAGGGACGCCUCGUAUCAGCAGCUCCCCACCUCGAGGAUCUCCUCGUAUCAGGCGGGCGGCGAGGUCCACCACCCCCCGACCUUGUACGCGAGGCAGAACCUGGCCACGUCCAGGCUGAGCCAUCACGCGCGCGCCGCGACGGCCCAGGCGUCGAGGGCCAUGUACCCGCCCCCCUCGUCCAACAACGUGGCCAAUUCCAUCAGCAGCAGCAGCAGCAGCAGCAGUACGGAGCCGAGUACAACGCAGACGGGGAGCAGCCAGCAGCAGGCGUACCAGGGAGGCGGCCAAGGCUACCCGCCGGAUCAGGCGGACGCUUAUCUCGGGGGAGGCGGCUCGUACGGCUACCAUCACAGCGGCCCGCCACAGUCCACCACGGCCUACCAUCACCCGUCCACGGACAACUUGGGCCAGGCGGCGGUUCCAAGCGGCCAGGUGCAGCACCACUAUCAGCAGUAUCACCACCACAGCGACGGGCAGCAAGAGGGCUACCACCAUCACCAGCCCACCCCACCCAUGCACCCAAGCUCGGCACCCGACUACAGGGGCAAGUGCCACUACUACGAGCAACUGCACCACGUGCACCAGGGCGGGGAGGCGUCCAACAUCCCCAACAGCUACGUCUCCUCGCCCGACCCCUUCCCGUCCCCCGCCCCGGGGAUGGCAACCACGGCGACGGCGAUCGCGGCGGCCACAGCCGCCGUCAUAACGCCGCCCGCUGCCCAGGCCGAGGGCAACGACUCCACGUACAACAACUCGUACGGCAACUUUUACGCCGAGCCGGCGGCCGUCGUCCCACCCCCACCCUCGGCCGACAACAGCAACAGCUCGUCCGACUUCAACUUCCUCACCAAUCUUGCCAACGACUUCGCGCCCGAGUACUAUCAGCUCAGCUGAGUCCACGAGACGGAG